AUGUCGAUGUAUGCCGAUGAUCUGUGUAUCUGGUAUUCGGGCCCGAACCGCACAGUAAUCUGUGGAAGGCUCCAGAAAGCACUCAGCAGAAUCGAAAGAUACCUGAACUGCAGAGGCCUACACCCGUCGCCCAGCAAAUGCGUCGCUAUGGCUUUCACCAGGCGAAGUUGCAAGCGCUUUCCCAUACACAUAGGAGAGCAAAUUAUCCCCUACGUCAACAAGCACACCUUUCUUGGAUUAGUUAUCGACAAGCGGCUCACCUGGGCACCUGAAAUGAACAGACUUCGAUGCAAGGUCAACUCGUACGUGAACAUCAUGCGCUGUCUUUCUGGCUCGAAAUGGGGAAAUUCAGCCGCCCUCAUGCAGCUACACAAAUCAAUGGUACUGGGAAGUCUGCGCUACAGUCUGCCUUUACUGCACCGGGUCAGUUCAACAACCCAACGGGGACUCUUGGCACAGCAGGCAAGAAGCCUCCGCGUUGUGCUGGGAGUGCCCCGAGCGUCGCCUUCUGCAGGAGUUAUAGCAGAAGCGCACGAACAACGUAUAGAGGCGCUCCGUGUUCAAGAGACCCUCCGGCACUACAGUCGUUUUUCAACCCAGCACGAAGCGCAUCAUCUGGCGGGCCUGCACAUUUCACGUCCAGCGUCGAGUUUUGCAGAAGUGGUAAGAAACCACGUCGAAGCCUUUCCGGCGAACGCUGCACCGUAUCGUCACCCCCAGCGAGCACCUUGGACAUGGCUGACCCCAACGGUCCACCUCUCAAUACCGGACGUAGGCAAAGGCACAGCCUUCGGUUUUGUGAAGCGGCUCCUCACUCAAUAUUACAUUGAAGAGAACUACAAGAACGCCAUCCAGAUAUACACAGAUGGAUCAAGCACUGCGAUGAGCUCGUCCUCUGCAAUCUACGUGCCGGAUGCGAGCAUUUCGGAAGGGUACAAACUCUCCCACCGUACAUCGUCCACGGCAUCCGAGCUCCACGGCAUCUUGCAAGCGUUACACUACAUAGAGGCAACUUCUCCGAAGAGCUAUGUGGUGUGCACGGACUCAAAAUCGGCGUUGGCAUCCCUAUCAACCACAGCCAAAAAGUGCGCAUACCCGGGCCUGCAACAGGCUAUACUCGAUAAGAACGACACCCUGCACAAAAAGGGGUAUGCCAUUACAUAUCAAUGGGUCCCAGGACAUGUUGGCGUCACUGGCAACGAGAUAGCCGAUAUGACAGCAGCUCGGGCGCACAAAAACGAAAGAACAGAGGCCAUUCCCGUUGCGAAAGCUGAUGUGAAGAGCUUUCUCUCUGGUGUCGCAAACCAGAUAACGGUAAAAAUCUGGGAGCAACCUGAGGGCCACCCUUAUCACCUGUACAACUUGGACCCCAAGCUUCAAAAAAGAAUCCCUUGGAGCACACCUCGAAACCAACUUUCAGUUUAUUUUAAACUUCGCCUUGGGGUCGCCCGGACUGGCCGCCAACGCUACAAGUACAAGCAGCGAGAUUUCCCAAACUGCGCGACUUGCCAUACCGAGGACACAAUCGAACAUGUACUCGUUAACUGCAAACGAUACGAGAAAGAGCGUGUGAUCCUCACUAAGGAACUGAAUCUUCUGGAUGACCAACCAAUGACCAUGCGAAAGGUGCUAGGACCCUGCACCAACACUCGAAACCAAGCACGGGCGUUUAAAAUACUGAUGGAUUACUUAGAAUCAACUGGUUUGCUGCAAACACUGUAG